UAGAGAUCCGCCAUUGACCUCUGUAGUCAAGCAGUCGGUCUCUGUAGUUAAAUACAACUUGUAUAAAGUCAAGGACAAAAUGUCGGUCUGUCAUUUCGUGUCAAACAAUUGUCUGACUGUUUUAAGUCGUUUAGGACGUCGUUGUAUCUUAAAUGGUACCGUUGCCAACCGAACAAGUCAAUUUAAGCCUCUCCUUUCACAAACCUAUGUGACAUCUGCUGCAAGAGAAAGAUCCCAGUAUGGUGGCAGGUACACUGUGACAUUGUUCAGUGGAGAUGGCAUUGGACCAGAAUUGUUAGAUCAUGUCAAAACUGUUUUCAGGUUUGCUGGAGCACCAAUUGACUUUGAAGAAAUCACCAUUAAUGCCAAGACUUCUGAGCAAGCAGACAUGGAAAAUGCUCUUCUCGCAGUCAAAAGAAAUGGCGUUGCACUCAAAGGAAAUAUUGAAACAGUAAUGUCAGACCCCAGUAAAAGGUCAAUCAAUGUCUCCCUCAGGACAGAACUUGAUCUUUGGGCCAGCAUUGUCCAGUGUAAAACAAUUCCUGGGAUUUCUGUGAGACACCAAGGCAUUGAUGUUGUGUUCAUUCGGGAAAAUACAGAAGGAGAAUAUUCCAACCUAGAACAUGAGAAUGUGAAUGGAGUUGUUGAAAGUUUGAAAAUCAUCACCAGGAAACGAUGUAUGAAUAUUGCAAAGUACGCAUUUGAUUACGCUGUGAAAUAUGGACGCAAGAAGGUCACGGCUAUUCACAAGGCGAACAUAAUGAAACUUGGUGAUGGACUGUUUCUAGAAUGUUGCAAAAAUGUUGCAGAAGAAUAUCCACAAAUUGAAUUCAAUAAUAUGAUUGUUGAUAACGCUUGCAUGCAGAUGGUCUCCUAUCCUCAACAAUUUGAUGUUUUAGUAUUGCCAAAUCUUUAUGGCAAUAUUCUAAGCAACGUUGCCACUGGAAUGGUCGGAGGUGCUGGUGUUGUACCUGGCCGGAAUAUAGGAGAUUCUUAUGCCAUUUUUGAAACUGGUACUCGAAACUCAGGUCGCUCAAUCCAAGGAAAGAACAUUGCCAACCCAACGGGUAUGUUAUUAGCCAGCUGUGACAUGCUAGAUUACCUCGGCUGCUACAGAUACGCCACGAUGAUUCGAGAGUCAGUCAUGAAUGUGUUGAUUACUAAGAAGAUCCACACACCAGAUGUUGGCGGAACCUCCACCACCACUGAUGUGAUUGAGGCCAUCCUUGACGAUCUCCGACCAAAAGCCAGCAGUUGGUUAUUCUAAUCCUGAUUGAACCAGCAAAACCAGGAGAAACCUCCAAAACCAUUAUUUAUCACAGUUGUCCAAGAUAUUUACUGUUGCUGUUACUUUGAAUCUCAACUCAAGUUAGUUAAUUAACUGAUGGAGAUGACGUAUCAUAAAUAAUCCUUAAUCUUUAAUCUCUAUGAAAACCACGUCACAGAACAAGUAUUAUUUCCUUAAUCCCUGUAGUAAAGAUAUCCUGUAAGGUUUGUUAGUAAAUAGUUAUUGCUUGAAAGUGUAAACGCGGCUGAGUGGUUUAGGCAGCUUGCUUUCCAGCCAUGUGGCUACAGGUUCAGUCCCACUAUGCGCCCCAGACCAACCAGAGCCUUGUGAAUGGAAACUGAAAGAAGCCCAUCAUGUGUAUGUGUACCCAUGUCUUGACAUUAGAUGAUGUUUGUAAUUAAGCACCAUCAUCAUCAUCAUCAUAAAAGCAAUGCUGUUCAUUUCAAAUCUUCCACAAAAAACACAUUAGGCCUAGGUGGGGGGGGGGAGAUAUCACCUUGCUGAGGAAACAGGUGAGGGUUGGUGACAGGAAAGACAUCCAGCCAUGGAAAAUCUGCCUCAACAGAUUCCACCUGACCCAAGCAAGCAUGGAAAGGGGGAUAUUAAAAUGAUAAUGAUUUCACCAGAGGUAUGUUGUUAGUGAAAUCCUCUCUAUGGUGGAAAGGUUUCGUUUCUUAGCUGAUAACGAGGAGGUUGGGUUACUCGUCUGACUACCUCCUACCCACUUCCAGAACCAAUAUUUUGCUGUUUUUAAUGAAACUUUUCCUUUUUGUUGUUUUAGUUUACAUCUCGUUUUGUCCAGCCGGGGGGGGGGAUAUGAUACUUGUUGUUAAGUACAGGGGUGGGGGGGUCGAUGUAGUCUGCUGUUUCUCCACCCACCUCCAGAUUUCUAAUCUCUGAGUCUGUCUUAGAAGUCAUCCUUAAUACUCUCAUAUUGCUGAAAAAUUUGGUUGUGCUGUGCUUUCAAAUCUUACCCAGAGUGAAAUGUGUGUAUGUGUGUGUGUAUAUAUAUACACACACACAUACAUAUAUAUAUAUAUGUGUGUGCAUAUAUCUGUGUGUAUAUAUAUAUAUAUAUAUAUAUUCAUAUAUAAAUGGUUUAAUAUUUUUUUUAAACCAAAAACAUUAUUGAAAAAAUAUUUAAAACAUAUAUACCAGGUAGUGUUUCAUGAAAAUUGUGCUACUUUGAUAUACUCACACACACACACACACAUAAACAUACAUGUGUAUAUACCUAUACAUAUGUAUAUUUAUAUAUGUGUGUAUGUAUGCAAAUAGCUAUACACCUAUCUAAUAACCUCUUCUCUCUCACCAUUCCCACCAUAUCUAGAUUCUAAACUUAUACACAAGACAUCAUAAUGACCCUUCAUGCAGAAGAGAGGGUCUUUAUUCGAUGCCGCUUGAGUGCAAUAUCAGCACUUCAACAUAGAAUAUUUGGAUGACGACCUAUCUCACACUUUUGUUAGGAACAUUCAUGUUGUUGUUGUUAUUGACACUAACUACCUGUGGAUGUUUUGUUGUGUUUCUUUCUUUUUUUUUAUUUAAAUGAUAAUAAAUUAUUAAAGAAACAUUU